AUGGUUUGCUCCAAGAAGUCAAGUGCCGUAGCCGCCGUGGCCACCGCCGCGAGCUCUUUCUACAACGGCUUCAACGCCACAGCUCCCACAGCAACACCGGUCCCAUCUGCAUCUGGGUCCUUCGCCCAACCCGCAGUCGCCGCAGUCGCCUCGGACAGCAGCUCAUCUACAGCCAGCGUGAGUGCCGCCAACUCGGGCAUCAAGGGUUUCAACUACGGCGCCUUCUUCCUCGACUACACGGGAAAGACCCAGAACGACUUCGAGUAUGAGUUCACCAAGGCACAAAACCUGGCCAACACAACCGGAUGGAACAGCGCUCGCCUGUAUACCAUGGUCCAAUACGGAAGCGCCAGUGAUCCCAUCUCUGCUAUCCCUGCCGCCAUCGCAACUAAGACCACCCUUCUCCUCGGCAUGUGGGUGUCGGGCAGCACGGCGGCGAUCGACAACGAGAUCACGGCCCUGAAGUCAGCCAUCUCCACCUACGGUUCCGCGUUCACGGACCUCGUGGUGGGCAUCUCCGUCGGAUCCGAGGACCUGUACCGAGCGUCCCAGGGCGACUCGUCCAGCCCCGGCGUGGAGGUCGACACACUCAUCAGCUACAUCAGCAAGGUGCGCGAGGCCAUCUCCGGCACCGCGCUGUCGAGCGUCCCCGUCGGCCACGUCGACACGUACGACAGCUUCGAGAACGCCACCAACUCGAAGGUCGUCGACGAGAUCGACUGGAUCGGCUUCGACGGCUACCCGUACUGGGAGAAGGCGAACGGCAACUCGAUCGAGGCCGCCUCGGACCUGUUCUACUCCGGCCUGAACAAGACCAACGCCAUCGCCAAGGGCAAGCCGGUGUACGUGACCGAGACCGGUUGGCCCAUCUCGGGCGACGACUUCGGUCAGGCCGUCGCCGGUUCUGUCAACGCGCGCACUUACUGGAAGGACAUUGCCUGCACGCUGGUGGAGAACAACAUCAACCUCUGGUGGUACAACCUGCAGGAGUCCCAGAACGGCCAAGCGAACCCCGACUUUGGUAUCUUCGGCGCUGGUGACCUCAACCAGGUGCCCCAGAGCUACGAUCUUUCUUGCUAA